AUGGGAACAAUUCUACUUCUCUUCUUGUGUUUUCUUCCAGGUUGCUUAGCCUUGACCUCAACCAACAUCGACACUGAUCAAUCAUCUCUUCUUGCGUUGAGAGCUCAAAUUUCAUUUGACCCUCAAGAAAUCUUGGCAAAAAACUGGUCUGUUGCCUCGCCUGUUUGUGACUGGAUUGGGGUUACCUGCAGCUCGGGCCAUCGUAGAGUGAUUGCUUUGAACAUUUCAAACAUGGGUCUUAGUGGAACCUUACCUCCCCAGUUGGGAAACCUGUCAUUUCUCGUUUCUCUUGACAUGCGUAGGAACAAUUUCCAUGGAGAACUGCCACCAGAACUUGCUCAAUUGAAUCGAUUAAAAGUACUGAAUUUGGGCGUCAACAACCUCAAUGGAUUGCUUCCUAACUGGUUUGGAUCAUUUCAAGGACUGGAAUUUCUCCCUCUCAGAAACAACAGCUUCACCGGUCUUAUGCCGCCUUCCAUCUCCAACAUGUCAAGGCUAGCAAUUUUAAUCCUUGUUAACAACUCUCUUGAAGGCAAAAUCCCGGAAGAGAUCUUCAACAUUUCCUCACUGGAAAUGAUUUCCUUGGGAGUUAACAGCUUGUCUGGAAGUCUUCCGGAUUACAUGUGUUUUCAUCUUCCGAGACUGAGAUUCAUUGGCCUAUCAAUGAAUAAAUUCAGUGGUCAAAUACCAUCAAGUUUAGCUCAAUGUUCAGAACUUCAGGCUCUGUCUUUUUCCUUCAACAAAUUCACUGGAAAUACACCAAAAGAAAUAGGGAACCUGAAGAAGCUUGAGGUGAUAUAUUUCGCCAUGAACAGUUUAACAGGUGAAAUUCCAAAAGAGCUUGCAAAUUUGACCAUGCUCAAGUUCUUAGACUUAUCUGAUAACAACAUAACAGGAAAUAAACUUUCAGGCAUUCUUCCUUCAACAGUGUUUUAUGGGCUUCCCAAUUUAGAAGAACUUUAUUUGAACGAUAAUAACUUUGUUGGAGAUAUUCCCGAGUCCAUCUCAAAUUCUUCUAGACUUUAUUUCAUAAUAUUGUCUGACAAUAAAUUCACAGGGCCGAUUCCCAUUUCCAUUGGAAAUCUAAGGCUCCUUCAAGUGCUGGACUUAACUAGCAACAAUUUAGUCUGUGACUCUUCCUACGGGCCGAUUCCCAUUUCCAUUGGAAAUCUAAGGCUCCUUCAAGUGCUGGACUUAACUAGCAACAAUUUAGUCUGUGACUCUUCCUACCCAGAGUUGAGCUUCAUCUCUUCCUUAGCAAACUCCAAGAACUUGAGAAAAUUAAGUGUGAGUAGCAAUCCACUAAAUGGUAUUCUUCCAGAUUCUGUUGGGAACCUUUCUACCUCACUACAAACAAUGUAUGCCUACGGUUGUGGACUCAGGGACCGCAUUCCUGACAGAAUUGGGAAUUUGAGCAAUUUGAUUAUCUUAAGUCUAUACAAUAAUCAGUUGACUGGAUCAUUGCCCAUUACGGUAACAGGUUUGCUAAAGCUUCAAGCAAUAAUGCUUCAUGCACUUCUUGAAAAUGAUACUAAUUCAACUAUUCUUGUAUACAUGCACCGUGACCUUUGGACGGCAGAUUACAUUGAUUUGCAGGCUAUAAUUUUCAUAUUACAUUGA